GUUACAUAAUCGGCUGUGCUUCAGGAUGAAGUACCUUGUCCUGCUUGCUCUAGCGGCUGCAUGCCUUGCUUUUGACAAAGAAUCGAUGUUAAAGCAGAACAAGAUUGGCAAGGAACCGGUAGGCACGUUUGAGGUUACAUCAACCUGUGAUGAAUGUCAGUCGUUGGUUCGUCGAUUCAGUGAUGCUGCGAAGGAUCCGGCAAAGUUAGCUGAACUGAAAAUGCUGUUGAAUGUAUUGUGUCACGAAACAUCCUACGUUGACGAGUGCCGUAUGUUCGUAUCAAGGUUGGAUGUGAUUAUCCACAAGCUCGAGCCUUAUCUAAAAGAUGCAGAGAAAGUUUGCAAGUCAUUCCACAUGUGCUCAAACUCUCGUCUUGACGCUUUCCACCGCAUUGGACUACUGUACGCAAAGAGAUCGAUGAACAGAGUCGAAGGAUUGAAGGAUUUCGUCUGCGAUGAGUGCCAGUUUGCGGCCAAGGAAAUGAAGAAUAUUGUUGAGGAUAAGGAAAAGCAAAAGGCUAUUCGUGACUUCUUCUCACAAAACAUCUGCAAGCAUAUGUCCCGUUACCAGGGAAUGUGCGACAUGCUCGUCGAGCAGUUCCUUCCGGAAAUGUUCCAAGAACUUGAAACGUUACUUCAGGACCCCAAAAAAGCUUGUGCAGAUAUCGGCUUCUGCCCUCGAAUGGGCGCGCCACGAAAACUGACUUCUCCAUCUGUGGUGACAUCUAACCAUCCUGCUUACGCGUUCUUUGAAGCGGCAAAGACGAUUCCAACACCAACUGGAAGCAUUCUUAUGAGCUGUUUGGAGUGCAAAAUGGCUGCCGAAGAAACUAUUCAGGGAUUGAUUGCUGACAGGAAAAACAUUGCCGGAGGAAUCCAAGAAUUUGCUUGUCACGACUUCCUUGGGUCCAACUUCACAGCCAGCUGCGACGACUUCCUCUCACUGUACCUGCCGACCGUCCUCUACAUGACAUUCGAACAGUUCACGCCUGACGAGGUGUGCGUAAAAACGAAGGCGUGUGAUUCAGUCUCCGUGUCUCGUAUGUCUCAACUGACAAAGCAGCAAAGGCAUAAUUUGAAAUGCAGGACCUGCUCUGGUAUGCAGGAAUUUUUCAAGUCUGCUAAUGAACUACCCCAAACGGCUGGUUUUCAAAAGUUCGUCAUUGGAGAACUAAAAAGAACCGCAUGUGAUUACCUGGGAGAUUUUUCAACACUCUGCGAUCAGUUUGUGGACGCUGUCAUUCCAAAGUUUUUCGAGAAGUUUUUCGAUAUUUACAAGUCCGAGGCUGUCUGUUCGAAAAUUCAUCCUGAAUGCUAA